CAUAAAAAAGUCUAACCUAUAAUACGAAACUGUGUAUCUGCAUAAUGAUCAAUGAUCAGCUCUAAAAUCAAUUUAGUCACUUAAAAUCAAAGAUGAGGUAUAAAAAGGACGCAUCAAAAAAUGAUAGGUGGACUAAAACAUGCCAAGCACUAAAAGAACUUCUCGAAACUCUACAUUGCUCGAAAUGCAAAAGCCACUUGCAUGACACUCGACAGUUUUUACAAUGUGGACAUUUUUCAUGCUUCUCAUGUAUAAAAAAACACAAUAAAUGUAUUGAGUGUCAUUUCUCUAUGAGUGAUGAUACUGUUAAAGAUAGUAGUAUAAAAAAAAUAGUGCAAGUUUGUUGUACAAUUGCAGAAACAAUAGGUUUCAAUUCAACUUCUAGCAAAAAUAAUGUUCAUAACUUUAAUCAGUUCAAUGAGAAAUUUGAAAAUAUUUCAAAGAAACGUAAAGGAGCCAAGAAAUUUACUGAAAUUGUUGCAAAGAAACCUAGGCUUAUAGAAGUUAUACCUCCUAUACGUAUUCCUAAAAAUAUUGACAAGAAGAAUCAUCAUGGAGAAACAAAAUUACAUGAAGAGUGUAAAAAAGGUCACAUUAAUAAUGUCAGAGCUUUUUUGGAUGCUGGAGCAAAUCCUAAUACUUUCUGUGCUGCAGGCUGGACUCCUUUGCAAGAAUGUGCUGACUAUGGAUAUAUUGAGAUAGCUGAUCUACUAUUACGAAAAGGAGCUGAUAUCAAUAAAAAAGGCUACCUAGGGCGAACUCCAUUACAUGAAGCCACACAAGCUAAUCAAUUUGACAUGGUAAAAUUUCUUUUAGAUCACAAUGCACGAAAUGAUAUUGAAGAUGAUAGUCACAAUAUACCAAUAGAGUAUUGCAAAUCAGAACAAAUUAGAAAGAUGCUGACAUGUAAUAUGGAAAAUGGUUCUCCCCACAUACUUAGAAGAACUAGAAAAAACAGUAAACUUUACAAUAAAAUAUGUAAUAAUGGUUUUGGAAUAUCUCACAAUACUGUAGAAAGCAAUCACAAUGUAAGUGCCUUAAAUGAUAUAAAAGUUAAAGAGUGUGAUAAUAGCCAUAAUGAAAGUGAAGAUGACGUGGUAUCUGACGAAGAAAAACAUAGUCAGAAUAUAACUAUUCCUCAUCAAGAUUAUGCUCAUGGAAUUUCUUCAAAUCUUGACAACAACCCCUUUGACAGUGAAGAAAUUGAUGUCUUGAACUGAAUAAUUAACUUUAUUAGCUAGAUUCACUUUCAACUGAAAGUAUUACAUUAUUUUAUACUUAUUUGUAGUUUUAUAUAUAAUAUAUAUUUUAUGAAUAUUACUUUUAUUACAUGAAUUCAUUACAUUUGUAACAUAAAAAUUAUAAUUAUAAUUUGUUAUUGGAUUAUCAGUAACAAAAACUAUAAUCAUAACUGAAAAGUUGAAUUAGUGGAAAUAAA